AUGCGGCAGCGGCGGCGGUUGGAGCUGUUGAAGGAUUAUGACCUUACUAUCCUGUACCACCCCGGGAAGGCCAACGUGGUUGCCGAUGCACGAAGUAGAAAGUCAGUUGAAAACUUGGUGACGGCGAUUACUAGUCAACCAUUGUUGCAAAAGGAAAUGCAACGGUUUGGAUUGGAAGUGGUGGCGCCGGAGGUUGUGACUAUCUUGGCGGCACUAGUGGUUCGACCGACCUUAUUGGAGCGAAUCAAAGAGCGGCAAGUUGAUGAUUCAUAUCUCCAAAAGGUGUGGGAUAACAUUGACGGCGGACGCGCCGGUGACUUCGGCGUGGGAUCCGACGGUGCACUUCGGUUCAGAAAUCGGUUGUGUGUGCCCAAAGAUGAUGAAGUUCGCAAGAUGAAAGACAUGGGGAAGUUUGUGGCGCAGUGUUUAACGUGCCAACAAGUGAAGACUGAGCGUCGAUUUCCCGCGGAAAAGUUGCAGAGCUUACCAAUCCCCGUGUGGAAAUGGGAGGACAUAGCAAUGGACUUUGUGGUCGGAUUACCCUGA